AUGUGGAUUCUCAGUACGGUGGCUUCUAUGGGUUAUCUGUCGCGCAUGACCCAGUGGAAGAGUAAACUCCAGCUGCCGGACGAUGCCACACUUGAUGAUUCGGCAGCACGAGCACAGCUGCGACUGGGUCUUUUCUCUUAUCCAGUACUUCAAGCUGCCGAUAUCCUUGUGCAUAGAGCUACUCAUGUCCCAGUUGGCGAAGACCAGAGACAGCAUCUGGAGUUCUCCAGAUACACGGCAAACAGUUUCAAUCACCUCUACGGGCCCAUCUUCCCCAUUCCAGAGGCACUGAUAUCCCCUGCCAAACGAGUGAUGUCUUUGAAGGAGCCCCGCUCAAAGAUGUCCAAGUCGCAUGCCGAUGCGAAAUCCAGGAUCAUCCUCACGGAUUCGCCGACUGAGAUUCGUCAGAAAGUUAAGGUGGCCCUGACGGACUCAGAACCGAGCAUCACCUACGACCCGACUCGUCGACCGGGUGUGUCAAAUCUGAUUGAGAUUCUCAGCCAUCUGGAAGGUGUUUCAUGCGAGACGAUUGCAUCUGAAUUCCACAGCGCAAGUCUCCGAUCACUCAAGGAGCACGUUGCAGACCGAAUCGCCCAUCAUUUGGAACCAACGCGAGAUCGGUAUAUCGAGAUAAUGCAGGAUCAGACAGGGUAUUUGGAUUCGGUGGCUGAAGAGGGAGCCGAGGCAGCCCGCGCCAACGCUCGGGUGACUAUGCAGCAAAUUCGGGAUGCAAUGGUGAAGGCCACCGGCCUGGUGUUGCCUGGCUGGGGGUUGACACUUCAUCGAAGAGAGGCUCCCGCAGUGGUGGUAAUGGACAUUCAACGCAGAGAUAUCCUCGAUCCUGUCGCGAGAGAUAGAGUGAGGAGGAAACGCACUUCGACGGUCAAUCAGGCAUUGGACAAUGAAGAAACUCUCUACCUCUGCAAUGUCACCUUGGGUACCCCAAAACAGAGCGUGCGUCUGGUGCUUGACACUGGAAGUAGUGAUUUAUGGUGCAACACGCCGAACUCCUCUAUCUGUGAAUCUACCCAAGAUCCCUGUAGUGUGUCCGGCACUUUCGACCCGAGUCUCUCCUCUUCAUUAUCUUUUGUGAAUUCUGACUUCAAUAUCACCUACGCUGAUGGGUCCAACGCCGUCGGAGACUAUGUUACCGACACUCUGACUAUAGGAGGCACAACCCUCCAAGACUUCCAAUUUGGUGUCGGAUUCUCGUCUACAUCCGCAGAGGGUGUGUUGGGCAUAGGGUAUGCUGUGAAUGAGGUUCAAGCUGGCAGGAAUGGUGGCUCGCCGUAUGCCAAUCUGCCCAAGGCAAUGGUUGAAAAAGGCAUUAUUAAGUCCAAUGCCUAUAGUCUCUGGCUGAACGAUUUGGAUGCAAACACGGGCUCCAUUCUAUUCGGUGGAGUCAACACCAAGAAAUUUCAUGGCACCCUGCAGACAAUCCCCAUCCAGAAGGUUGGCGGAAUCUUUUCGGAGUUUAUCAUCGCCCUCACAGAAGUCGCCAUAACCACUUCCUCACAAACAAAAACCCUUUCCCCGAGUUCGAUCCCGGCGGGUGUAUUGCUGGAUUCGGGAAGUUCUCUCACCUACCUCCCGAACACUCUUGUCCAGGAAAUCUAUGAUGAACUCGGGGUUGUGUUUGAUCCAGAAACUGGAACUGGCUAUAUUGAAUGUAGCCUGGCAGGAAAGGGCAUCGCUAUCAGCUUCACAUUUUCAUCCGCGAAAAUUAAUGUGGACAUCAGAGAGUUGACCAUUGACGUAGGCGGCCUGUUCUUCAGCAAGGGCAAGCGAGCCUGCAUUUUUGGAAUUGCCCCAGCAGGAAGCAGCACGGCUGUCCUGGGCGAUACAUUCCUUCGCAGUGCCUACGUGGUGUACGAUCUUGACAACAACGAGAUAUCUCUCGCCAACACCAAUUUCAAUUCCACCGAGAACGAUAUCUUAGAGAUCGGGACAGGGACCGAUUCUGUCCCCGGCGCCACUGCAGUCUCAAACCCGGUGACUACUGCACCGAUUGGUGGGGCUGCUGCUCGUAUUGGAGGACCGCAUGGAGGAUCUGGCAUCUUUGGCCCUGCCUCCAGCACUGGGAACAUGGCCAUGCCCAGGGCAACCGCUAUGUCAAAGCACCUGGCCCUCAGUUUUGGAGCGGGAGCCCUUCUUGCUCUAUAA